AAUAUGUCUUCGCCAGUCAACAACUUCCUUAGCCUUAUCCCAGCUAUCCACCGGGUCGCCGUAAUCUCUCCCUUUUCCACCACCGAUAGCGACGAAUCAAUUGUGCCUGUAGUUCAAAAAGCCCGCCGGUCGUCCUCAACUGCCACAGCAGACUCCAACACUGCCGAUGAGCCAACACUGCCAGUGGAGAAUGAGAUUGUUCAGUCUCCUACUGAAGACAACGUUGGCCUCCACCAAUUCCUGAAGCUUGGCAACUGA